CUUUAUGACUCGAAUCGUACAGCGAGCAUGAGCAUUAAAAGGUGAGCAGAGCAUCGCAUGAUCGUCUUCUUCUGCGCAUGGGAUCUUUCCGCUCCAACUACACAGAAUUGACCCUCGUGGAGGCACGCCGGCUGUGACUAUGGCCAUCAAUUCUGAUCAAGAGGAGCAAAAUGCGAAAGUUUCUAUAACACCGCUGCUCCGACGUCUAUGGCCAUCCCCGGAUGGAGAAGGCGUGACCGCAAACGAGAUUGCAUAUGCUAUUGCACACAUAUUCACAGACAGUCUGUCGCCUGUGCAAACGGGAGCACUCCUUACGGCACUUCAUUUCACAGGCUGGGACAGACGAGCAGAUGUAGUUGGGAAGUGUGCUGCUGCAAUGCGUUAUGCUUCUUCUCCAGUAGACACAAAGUCACUGGCGAAAUUGGUAAAGACUAAAGGUAGAAAGGAGGGGAACUAUAGAGGGGGACUUUGCGAUAUUGUAGGGACUGGAGGAGACUCGCAUAAUACCUUCAACAUCAGCACUACAUCGUCUAUUCUCGCCUCUUCCCUUUUGAUGAUCGCCAAACAUGGGAAUCGUGCGUCGACAUCCAAGUCAGGCUCUGCAGAUCUUUUGAGCUCGACGAAACCGAAUGCGCCAGUUAUAUCUGCCGUAACUCCAUCAUCUGUUCAUGCGGUAUACGAGAGCUCGGGCUACUGUUUCCUAUUCGCUCCGGUUUUCCAUCCUGGAGCUAGAUUUGUAGCACCUAUUCGGAAGGAGUUGGGCUGGCGCACUAUUUUCAAUCUCCUAGGACCCUUGGCUAACCCCCUCGAAGAUCUCAUCGAAGCCCGUGUCAUCGGGGUUGCUCGUAAAGAUAUGGGAGGGGUUUUCGCUGAAGCUCUCCAGAUGGCAGGUGCAAAGAAAGCAUUGGUUGUAUGCGGAGAGGAGGAUCUAGAUGAGAUUAGUAUCGCCGGGCGCACCCUUUGCUGGCAACUAGUGGAGCGACCAAAUCCAGAUUUUAAAGGCUCUCAGGAUGCAGCGGACGACGACUAUACCACGAGUGAUGACGACGCGCCACCAAGGACGCUUGUAGAUAUCGAGCACUUCAUGCUAGAACCGGCCGACUUUGGGCUCCCUCGACAUCCUCUUAGCCAGGUCAGCCCUGGAAAAGAGCCAGAAGAAAAUGCCCUCAUAUUGAUGCGAAUCUUGAGAGGAGAGAUACCACCAAAUGAUCCAAUCCUUCACUUUGUCUUAAUCAACACGGCAGCCCUGUUUGUCGCUUCGGGCCUGUGCGACUCAGACUCUAGCUCCAUGGGUGAAGGAGAUGAUGGUAAUGUAAUCACGGAAACUGGGCCAGGAGGUCGCCGCUGGAAAGAGGGCCUUCGACGAGCACGAUGGGCCGUAAGCAGCGGGGCUGCCCUUCAGCAAUGGCACAACUUCACCGAAGUCACCAACCAGUUGUCAAAGACAACCUGAAGUCCCAAUGAUAUUGGCUCCCAGGACUGUUCUAUGGCAUAGAUACUUAGAACCAAUCAAAUGUAGUGCGUAGCGCAUCAGUUCUAGCUAGAAUAAUUUUACCAGUCACUUCAAUAUAAGGAAAUACGUUCCUUACGCUGUUACAGUUGAUGACAAUUCCACUUGUACGACUUUCCA